AUGCUCCAGCGUGAGGAGCAGAUAUCGUGUUUAGUCGAGCACAAUCUCAAACUUGCUUUCUCUAAGAUGGUUGUUGAAGCUUGGUGUCCAGGAGACAUUGUAGGUCAUGUUGACUCGAGAAAUGCUACUACUAGAAUCCCAAUGUUGCCUAUUGCUAUGAAGGAAACUGAGCCAGCCAAGUUCAACAAAGUCAUCAUGUCCAUGCUCAUCAAACAUUACCAUGUCAGUCCUGAUGAUUUUUCUCAACCUCUAGAAGAAAUAAACAGAAUGCGAGAGAUGUUACAGAAGCCUAGUCGAGACAAAGCUGGAAUAGAGUUGUUAUUUGAAUACUGCAACCAGCUAUAUUUUAUAGACAAGAGAUUUUAUCCCAGCAACAAAAAGCCAGUAGCAGAAGUAUAUUUCCAAUGGUUUGAUCUUUGGUCUGGAACUGCUUCAGCUCAACGAUCAAUAGCAUUUGAGAAAGCAAAUGUUAUGUUUAAUAUCUCUGCACUAUAUUCUCAAAUGGCAGUAGAACAGGAUCGAACAACUCUGCAUGGACUAGAGGAAGCAACAAAACUUUUUGAACGAGCUGCAGGUAUGUUGCAACUCAUGAGUAGAGCAUUUGUGAAUUCACCAAGUCUUGACAUUUCGAAUGAAUCAGUGAAUGUUUUGUACUUACUGAUGAUGGCUCAGGCACAAGAGUGCAACUGGGAGCAGAUUAUGAUUAAAGAACAGGAGGGUGAUGUGGAGUUAGCAAUUAACAUUACCAAGGAAACCUGCCAGGUAGCUGCCUCAUAUCGAGAAGUUGUGGAAGCUCUUGAUUCGACGAAAGUUUUGAAGGAAAAGAUUGCUUCAUUCUGGACUGCAAUGGUUAAAUUGAAACAUAAGCACUUUCAAGCUCUUACUUGUUUCUAUGCUGGCAUUGCCCAUGUAGAAUUUCUUGAUGAUGAUUUGUCCCCAGAUGAAAUCAAGGAUCAGCACAGAUUAUUGAUGGAGCUACAAAAUGCAUCAAAAUCAAACAUAUCAUCAAGACAUGAUCAGUUACAUUUGGGAUAUCUGUACUUCAAUGCUGCUGUUCAGUUACACGAAGAAAGCCAGAAAGUGGCUGAUUCGAGCAAAGAAGUAAAGAAGCUGGCUGCUGUUCAAAAGAUAUUGGAAAUGGACCGAAAAAAUGCGUUAUCAAAAGUCAUAGAAUUGAAGCACCUUGUUGAGAAGCCUAUUGAUUUGUCUUUACUACCCCGUGUGAAAGGUGAAAGAGUUCUUGGAAGACCACUUGCACCAGAAAAACCAGACUUCAACAAGAUGGGUGUCAUUGAUUUUUUUCGACGACUGGGGCCGUCAUUAAUUUUCAAUGCUAACGUUGUCCUUGGACCACCACAUGACGUCGCUAUUACACAGUCAGAUGAAGGGUUUGGUUUUGUGAUCAGAGGUAAUAGGCCAGUCAAAGUUCGAUCUGUUGACAUCGGGUCUCCUGCAGAGACAGCUGGUCUACUUCGUGGUGAUGUCAUCACUGCAGUAAAUGGGGAAGUAUCUAAGUUUAUGACACAUGAUGAAGUGGUUGGAGCCAUUAGAUUUCGAGGUGAGCAUGUAGUGUUGUCAGUGAUGAGUCCUGAAAAUGUUGAAGAAGUCCUGCAAGCCAGCCCCACCCUAUCUCGUUCUAACAGUAUCAUCAUUCACACUGUCAGCAAUGUUCCACUAGCCAGUGACAGUCCUGAGACAGGUAGAAGGGCUUUAUCGUAUGUGUCUGACAGUACAUCAAGCAGUGGACUUGGCCGUGUUACUGAGGAAUUUGAGAACAUGCCUUGUGCCAAUGAUAAUGAAUCACGCAGUGUCGACAACGAGAACAGUGGAGAAGACAGUCAAAUUGAUCUAUUAAAAGUAGCAACCCGUGAGAUGGAAUUGAAAGUUAUCAAUGAGUCUCACAUCCAGCAAGGUUCAGACAAAAUUGUACAAGCUAGCAAAUUAAUAAAUGCUGCAACCGAAUUACAAAGACUCGAAGAACCAGACAUGAGCAAUGCGGAUAUAGUAGCUGUUCAAGAAGAUGUAUCUAAUAAAGAGGGCAAUCAGGAAGAUAGGCAGGAUGCUGGGCAAGGGGGCAAAGAGGGUGGCAAGAAUGUCGACAAUCAAGAGAAUACUGAUGAAGAUAACGACGAGUAUGCCGUGGCCAAACCAGUGAAACUAGAUGUAAGAGUGCAACUGGCCGAGACUGUUGUAGCUGAUGACGAUGAUGUCAUGAUAGAUAAUUGAUAACUCCUUGUCAUGUGUUCAUGGUAGUUAGUAGCUUCAUGUUUUAUGCUACUCAAGGGUAUGUAAAUAAAAUAUUUUUGUAGCUUGUUUGACUAAUUAAUCGAAUGAAAUGCAGCACAGAUUCUAUUAUGACAAGAC